CGAACCACAUAUCGAGCACCCUGCACAACCAAUUCGCUAUUAUCCCUCGCAAUGGCCGACACACAAUCCACCUCCAAGCUCGACAACCCCAGCACCCUCCUUCAAUCUGUCUCUACCAACGCCGUCCACGAGAAGAUCGCCAUAUUACCAGGACAUGAACCCGACUAUUCCGCCUGUACUUUUGCUCUUUGGCAAGAGGACCACACCUUGGGCAACUCUCUGCGAUGGAUCAUCAUGAAAGACCCUGAGGUCGAAUUCUGUGGUUACACCGCUCCCCAUCCCUCAGAACCCAAAAUCCACCUCCGUGUCCAGAUGUACGACGGUCAAUCAGCCGUCGACUGUUUACGGAGAGCGCUUGCCAAUCUGAGAGAUCUGUUGAACACUGUCAACGACUCUUACAGCUCAAGUCUGCGCAACGACAACUAUGUCAAGGAAGAGGAUGUCGAUGUCAAGGCCGUAGUGGACGAGACGCUGCGAGAAAGAGGAUUUGCUGUAGAGGACGAUGACAGGAUGGACGAGUCAUAAUGCUGAGAAAGUGGGGACAUUAUAUUCGAACUGUCAUUUUGUACACUGGGCUUUGGAGAUAUGUAUACUUGAACGUCUU